CGAUUCCUUGCCUUACUCUCGGUUCCCUUUGCUGCCUUCAGCUGCAACUCAAUUCUGGGCGCGGGAAGGAGCCGGCGGGCGUCUCUCCCGGUCCCGCUGCCAUGGCGUCCGGACCGGCGUCGGGGCGCCGCGGCCUCGGGGUGCUUUGGGCGGGCCUGAUCUCCGCCUGGGCGCUGGCCGGGAGCAGCUCCCAGCAGCCCGCAGACGACAGUGUGGUGUGGAUUUCUGGUGGGGUGUUCCAAAUCGGGGCAGGUUUCUUGGACGGUAAAGAAGGAGAUGGAGCCUUCAAGAAAGUCAAACCAUUCCUGAUGGACAAAUAUCCAGUCACCAAUAAAGACUUCCGGGAGUUUGUGAGAGACCAGAAAUACAAAACAGAAGCUGAGCAAUACGGGUGGAGCUUUGUCUUUGAGGAUUUCGUCCCCGAAGAGCUGAAGAAGAAGGUGACACGGAAGCUGGAGUCUGCCCCGUGGUGGCUUCCUAUCGAGAAAGCAUUUUGGAGACAGCCCGCAGGUCCCGGAUCUGGCAUCAAGGAGAGGCUGGACUUCCCGGUGCUGCACGUGAGCUGGAACGAUGCCCAGGCCUUCUGCGCGUGGAGAGGGAAGAGGCUGCCGACCGAGGAGGAGUGGGAGUUUGCUGCCAGGGGGGGUCUGGAGAACAGAUUGUAUCCUUGGGGGAACAAAUUCCUCGCCAACCGUACGAACCUCUGGCAGGGUGAUUUUCCUGCUGUCGACACAGCUGAAGAUGGCUAUCAUGGGGUCUCCCCAGUGGCUGCGUUUCCUCCUCAGAACAACUACGGGUUAUAUGACCUGUUAGGAAAUACCUGGGAAUGGACAGACUCAGAGUAUAGUCCAGAAGGGGCUACCAGGGUCCGCCACUCUGCUCAGGGGAUGCGUGUUCUGCGGGGAGCCUCUUGGAUUGACACGGUGGAUGGAUCAGCCAAUCACAAGGCUCAGCUGACGACAAGGAUGGGGAACACUCCAGACUCGGCCUCGGACAACCUGAGCUUCCGGUGUGCUGCCAGCCUUGCCAAGCAGCCGACCCCGGCAACUGGGAGCGAAAAAGCAGAGCUCUGAAGGGGCUUCCUCCCAAAAGGAAGGAACAGACCUUUUCUCCAGUGGAGAGACCGGAUCCCCGCUUUGGUUCUGGGGAGGAGCCUCUUGUAAAAGGAGGUUUAGGAAGGGCUGAAUUGAUGAUGCUGCAAGUUUGAGGCAAAGGUGUCUUCCCCAACUUAGUAUCUUUCAUAUGUGGUCAGACCCUCAGGGUCAACCUCCUCCAAUGCAGGAAUUACAGCUCUAUAUCAGAAUCAUAGACUUGGAAAGGACUCUGAGGGUCAUCUAGUCCAAGCCCCUGCAAUGUAGGAAUAUGCAGUUGUCCCAUAUGGGGAUCGAACCUUGCUGUAACCAAUGGAAGGCCACCCAACCUUUCUAUAAAAACCUCCCACCAAGGAGAGUCCACCACC